UCCCACUCUCUCACUCAAAACCCAUAUCUAACACAAUUCAAACUCAAACACACCAAACCGCAACAACAAGCUUGCCCUGUUUUCAACUUGAAAAAGAAAAAGAAAAUGGCUUUCAGAAAGGUUGAGUUGGGUGUAGCCUUGGUCCUCUUCAUGGUGGUUCUCUUGGGUAGAGCCACGGCUCAGUCCAGUUGCUCAAAUUCGCUCAUGAACUUGACCCCAUGCCUUAGCUACAUAACUGGAAACUCCUCAUCCAACCCAUCUUCCUCUUGCUGCUCAAACCUCGCUAGCGUCGUUCAAUCGUCACCACAGUGCCUCUGCUCAGUGCUCAACGGUGGUGCGACGUCGUUUGGUAUCACAGUCAACCGAACGCUCGCUCUUUCGCUCCCAGGAUCAUGUAAAGUCAACACUCCACCUCUUAACCAGUGUAACGCUGCUAAUUCACCAACCGGCUCAGCAAUCCCACCAGUAACUUCUCCAUCUGCAGACUCUCCCAGCACCACACCUGAUGCUUCUAUUACUCCUUCUGCCUCAAAUAUUCCUUCAGGAGUAGGAGGAGGGUCAAAGUCAGUUCCAUCAACGGACGGUAACUCAUCUUGGGGCACCAGUAUCAAAGCUCCAAUGAAUGUUGUGCUCUUCCUCGUAUUCAUUCUGUCAUGUUCUUCAAAUAUGGGCAGUUUUUUAGGCUUGUGAAAAGUGUUUGUUAGGCUUUCCAGUUGUUUUUAGUCUCCAUUAUUUUUCCCUCCUUUCUCAAUGUUGUUCGAAAUUUAUCAUUGUUUUUUUUCUUUGUUGAAGUGUGCUUGUAUUUUAUUAUUGAUUGGUUUGUAUUAUUAGAGAAAUAAAUAAAAUAAGAAAUUGAGUUUGAUAGA